ACCCCCCCCUCAUCGAUUUAUCUUCUCCGUAAUGUCGAACGUCUUCUUUGACAUCGCCAUCGACAACCAGCCCGCCGGUCGCAUCGUCUUCAAGCUAUAUGACGAUGUCGUGCCGAAGACCGCGCGCAACUUCCGUGAGCUCGCCACCGGCCAGAAUGGGUUCGGCUACAAGGGCUCCGCCUUCCACCGUAUCAUCCCCAACUUCAUGUUGCAGGGCGGCGACUUCACCAAGGGCAAUGGUACCGGUGGCAAGUCGAUCUACGGCGAGAAGUUUGCAGAUGAGAACUUCCAGCUGAAGCACACUAAGCCUGGUAUCCUUUCCAUGGCUAACGCUGGCAAGAACACCAACGGCUCGCAGUUCUUCAUUACCACUGUUGUUACGUCGUGGCUCGACGGUGCUCACGUCGUCUUCGGCGAGGUUGUCGAUGGUAUGGACCUCGUCAAGAAGAUCGAGUCGUACGGCUCGGCUUCCGGCCAGCCCAAGGCAAAGAUCGUCAUUGCUGACUCCGGCACUGUGUAAAUGGUAGACGAGGAUGCUUUGAGAAGAAAGAAAAUAAAUAAUUGUAUUGUAUUGGGGACAAUUCGUAUGUAGGAUUGCUCAGCUGUUGGAUCGAUGCCGUAGAGUGGCCACAGUUGUGAGAGCGUUACGAGGAUGGCAACACUAUAAUAGCGCUGGGGUCUGUGCAUGAGAUUGUCGCUUUCCACCAUGCCAACCUUCCAAUACGUACGUGGCAAUGCGUAUGCUUACACUGGCAUAUAUGCUCAUGCCUCCGGGAG